GUUAUUCCUUGGGUUCAGUACGUCAACAAACCUCUUCAAAACUCCUCAUAUUAGGAGCGAACGGGUCACUGAUUCCAGGACCGUGGCUGCCAACCAGUCUCAGUCUAGUUUCAAUCCCGUCUGGAACGUCACUUGCGCCUACAAAAGCAACAGUUUGUUCUUUGAUACUAUCCGAGCUUGAAACUUUUUACUCGCCCCCCCCAUUACUAUUGUUGACAUGAACCGCUUCAUACGAGAAGGAAGGCACGGAACUACCGCAGAAUAUGCCGACCCUCUCAAUGUCUCCUUCCAUGAAGGACUCGGAAGAGUUGAAGACCAGGGGUCUCUCUCAAGUUCGGAGGACGACGCUGGUGUCUAUCUGUUCUAUCAGGAUGCAAAUAAGAUGGACGCAGAUAUCGACGAGGACGUAAAUAUCUCCCUGACAUCCCAAGCCUUGAAUGCGGAUGGCACGCCUAAGCGUCCCAUGAAUGCAUUCAUGAUUUUUGCUCGCAGGAGACGGCCCCAAGUCUCCGCGGAAAAUCAAUCAUUGCGAACGGGGGAUGUCAGUAAAGUCUUGAGUCGAGAAUGGAUUGCUAUGGACAUGUCCGAGAAGCAGUUCUACCUUGACCAAGCCAAACACCUGAAGGAUAAUUUCAAUCUCAAGUACCCAGAUUACGUUUACAGACGGAGACCGAACAACAGCCGCAAAAAGCGAAGAGCAGACUCCACAGGUGUGGCUGGAGACUCUGCUUCUACCACGGACUCGGUCGACGACCAGUCUUCCAAUCAUGAGUAUGGCGAAAUAUCUCCUGUCGAAUACCAUCAUGAUUCUCAAGAAAGAUACGAAAGUAGCGGACCAGAAGGCUGCACGUCCGCGGAGGCCACAUAUGAUACUUCCUACUUGCCGCCGGCGCAAGCGUCGAGUUACCAACUGGCUGAUUCGUUACCACAUAAUGGCCAUAGUGGCAACGACAUACGGACGCCGUACCUAUCCUCUCACGGGCGCGUCACGCCUGAUGCCGUGAUGGGCCCAUCCACAUCCGUACCUCGCGGCGGAUCAACGAGUACUGCUUAUUUUUCCCCUUUCGUGCACAAUACAACACAUGCCCCGCCAGCUUCUUACCUGCCAAGUCAGAUUGGAAGCGAUGGGCAAUGGCACCCUUCCAGUCGUUCUAGUCAAGACGAUUUAGCAGGCAUACCUGUCCAAUCUUGGUCGCAGAGUGGUUCAGAACCAUCUUUACACGCUAGAGAUGACGUGCAUCGUCAGUACCAAGUAGCUCAGGCAUCACCGUCGCCAUGGGGUGCUAGCCCCUCGGGGCCAUCAGCUUCGAACAAUCCAUCGGCCCACUCCUCGAGCUAUGGCUUUCCCACGCUAAACUCUUCUUUCUAUCCGUCUCAGAGCAGCUCCCACAGCGUUUAUACUCCCCAACAAUCCCCUUCACAAAUAUCUGACAUUUCUCACCACUACGGUGCUGUUGACCACAUUCAAGGGAACUCGGCGGUACCCAGGCAAGAGGAUGCAUACCAUAGCCGUCAAUAUUCCACAGGUUCUGCAAUGCAGGCCGGAUAUCCGCAAAAUAGUGGCUCAACGUUGCAACAAUACCACACGCAAUUUCGGAAUAUUCUUGCCCCGGCACCUUUAACACCUGUGCAGUCAAUGUCGGUAUGCUCACACACCCCAUCAAUGAACACAACUUCCCCCGCUGAACCGGGAACAGACACUGCCUCUCAACUUCAGUAGUGUGCUGAACCUUCUCGAACACCAGUAGAAUUUGACGGAUGAUUUCUCCGCAGCGUAGAUGCUCGAUCAUAAGGGAUUCCAUAUAUUUAGUUCAUCAUUUACAUUCUCAGUUUCAUCAUGAUACGGGGGUUAUUAGUUCAGUGUUAACUCAGCUUAUCUGCUAUUGCCUGGACGCUAUUCUUGCACUCUUUGCAUAUCGUAUGUUUUUGCUUUGCUUUGUAGUACCUGCAUUGUAUAUCACUGUCAAGUAUCUGAACGUUUAUCAUACUUCUGCA